AUGGAUAAUCAACAGAAAGCUCCGCCUGUGCGUGAAUUCUCUACUCGGUUCCUCCCGAACAAUGGCAUUCCAGAGUACAAUGCGCUGUUGGACAAUCAUUUGGGCAAGCGCCGAGAGUUUCUACUCGGUAACCGGCAUUCCUUGGAGUUAAUGCAGCAGACUGGAGUGAUUGAACGUGUGGAGACACAGCCAGACAACCCAAACCAGUAUGUGGUGCAUAUAGCUGACAAGCCCAUCCACAGACGCAAGCGUCUACCUCCACGAUCCGCCUCUGGCCCAUUGCAACCUCCAGAGUCUCAAACGAUGCCCUGGCGACAAUAUUCUGCUAAUCGAGAGCUCCGACGAGGCAAUACCAGUACUUCUCGCUUGAACACCGAUGGAUUACUGGGUAAAUAUGACGAUGUUAGUGCAGCGAAGAAAGCUAAUGCAGCGACAUUGAAGGGAUUAAGUCGGAGCUUCAGCACGAAUACCGUCCUAAGUACUUCAUGUAAACCGGUAUUGAAAUCGGCAGCAGCGAAUCGUUUAGCGCUUUUCGGCUCAACAAAAUGUAGCGCCUUAUUGGAAGCUUCCGGCAAACAUCGAGCUUCGUCUGACGUCUCGCUAUCUCAAGUUACGGAAAAGCGUACUCGCAGUCGCAGUGCAGUCUCUACGAAAGUGUCGAAGAGAUCAGUGGCAUCAACCGCUAGUACUUCUCAUACCAGUAAUGUGAAAGGUACAGUGGAACAUUUACUCGAGAGCGAUGCUGCGUUCAUGACUCAAAUCCGGACGAUGAAGGAACAACUCACUGAAUUGGAAGGUAAAAAAUCGUAUUUAGACACCGAGAUCGGUAAUUUACGGCGUAAGUUACGCGGUGUCAACGCUGUCCGAGAGAACGACGUGGCAGUGGCGCACUGCUCGUCUAUCAUGCAGCAUCGAUUAUCCAAAGCGGAAGAGGAAUUUAUGAAGCUCGUGACACAGCAACAAGAAGUUAAGAAAGAUGUGGAUCGAGUACGACGCGAGCUCUUGUCUAUGUGGAAGGUACGACAGAAACUUCAAGAAGAUAUCGAGGACGUGGCGCAAGCGAAUCAAAGUUACGAAGAAAAAAUACACACGUCGAAAAUUGUGCGCAAUCAAUUGUCGGAGGAGCUGAGUGAACUGGAGCGCAGCGCUGAAGCCGAAAUAGAAGCCCAGAGACUGAAUCUGCCGCCCGAAGAAGCCGUGGUUGUGGAUGUAAACAAGCUCAUGGGAGCUGUGAAAGAGCGACGGCAUGCGUUGGUUGGGCUCAAUCCAACGGGGAGAGCACUGACGAUACUGCAGCCGAGUACAGCUACACCAGUAAACGGUACGACGUCAAGGAGUCCGAAUGAACGACGCCAGCCCAAGACCCUGGUGGAUUAUUGCACUGCAUUUCGUGUACUACAGAAUUCAAUGGGGUUUCCGGAUUUAGAAGCACUUGAAGAGCAGUUCACGACCACGGAGGAGCAAUUAUUGUCGAAAUAUAAGGCGAAUCUUGCUCUAGCAGAUGAAGUAGCAGCCUUGGAGAAGGAAAUAUCUGCUAUCAACAACGAGAAGAAAAUCAACCGCGCAAAUGUACGCGGUAUUGCCCAAGCGAGCGAGAAGAUCGAGCGGGACAUGCAGAUUCGUACCCAGAGUGUUCUUAAGAGUAUUAACUCUUACAAUGAUCUGCGUGAACAACGCAAUCGGGAGCAUGCCAAGCUACGUGACAUCAUGUUACGGUGUCUUGAUGCUCUUCAAAUCGACGUUAGAGGGUCCGAUCUUCCCGACGAUAAUGGAAACCGCAGCUCGAAUGGCAGAUCGAAGACGCACUGGGCCGAAGCACCGUCACCUGAGCUUCUGGAAAUGUUACAACGCAAGAUGACGCAAGUGGCUGUCACAUUAAAAGUUAAGCACAGCUCUCGUAUCCUGGAAAUCCCUCCUGAAGCGCUAAGGAUGAAUCGAGGGCAUGACGGGCGACGUAGUAACAUGUUUUCGACCCGAGAAGCGUCCAAGAUCGUACUGGGACCGCGAGAACCUUCCGGCUCUGCGUUGUCAGCCAUCCUCGGUACAGUUCAACCACCGUCUAUUGAGAACGCAGUGGCGUUAACAGAGAACGUGAGUAUGAUGGAAGUGAUGCAUGGACUGCAUCGCUCUAUCAGUCCUGCGCGAAGAAAAGCAAGCUUGCUUUCAAUCGUUCCUCCAGGUUUGGGGAAACCGGUUAAUACCAGUACUACCGGUAAUGCUACGCCUACUGUGGUGAAUUUACUCAAUGCUGGUAACGUUAGAAGGUCUGCACCGAACACGUUGCCUCCAGUGCGUGGUAGAUCAUCGUUGGCUGCGAUGAUCGAAGCAGACAAAGAAGAGGAUGAAGAUGACGAAGAAAAUGAUGGAGAGAACGAGAAUGAUCAAGCUGAAGUAGGUGGAGGUGAUGAUACUGGCGAAGACGAUAAUGAUACGGAUAUUUAGAGUAAAUUUUGCUCUUAAAAAGCAAGAUGGUGUGUUGAGAACAGUCUAAUUUAUCGGAUAUUUUUGCGUGAACGACUGAGUGGUAGAACUUGACUAAUGUU